CUGUCAACAUUUGUAGCUCUGACACCUCCGAGCUGUCAUAACAACCACUGGUCUGUCUGCUUUAGCCUACAGUCAUGCCAUCCAAAUGUAUCUUUAACCUUUGGAAAUUUAUCAGAAAUUAAUUUUAUGGAUUUUGUUGCUCAGACUUGAACGUGAGUAUGAUUUUUUAAACGACUGUCUGGACUACAGAGAAGAUUAUCAUUUCCUGGCAGAACUGUUAGUUGGCCAUUGGUUAGCGUGUUUGUUUUAUCAGCGUCUGGCCUCACAACAAAAAGAGUCAUGUCUCGUAGGAGUUCUCGCUUGCUGUCCGGUGGCUACUAUAAUUCAGAUGAAGAAUCUGAUUCAAGUUCUGUGACAAAUAUAUCUUACAGAGAAAACACUGUCAAGGUUUUCAAGAAGAAGGCAGGCAACCGCAAAGCGGGCUCACGCACCUCCAGUAGAGCCAACAGCAAUGCAAGCUCUGCUUCCCCUGAGACAUCUGCCACUCCAGAUCUGAAACCAUCUCCCUUGAGCACUCCGACCCAGCCUACCAUGAGAACCAUACCUUACGUCCCCACUGUGGCCACCCCUCGGCCUGCCCUGUCAACAUCAUCAUCCAGGAGCCAGACACCUACUCAAUGCCCAUCAGUAUCAUCAGAAAGAAGUCCUGGGAUCUGCAGCUCCAGUAUGACAGGUUUACACUGUAGACCUAACCACAAGGAGCUGAGUCAAAGUGGCAUAGACAGCUCAGGUUACUCAUCAUCUGAGGGCACUUACAGAAGGCCCAUGCCUGACGCCAGCAGUACCUGCAAAGUCAGCACUAAGAGUGGGGCUCCCACUACUGGAUACAGAAGCAGAGUCAGCAGUGCCUUCAAUUCACUGAUUGACUCAGCCGUACUGAUGGCUGCGGAUGCUCGUUCAAAAAUGCUUCAUGUGAAAGCUUUAGCUAAUACUCCAGUGGGCAGUCGGAUGAAGAAGGCUGGUGGUCUGGUUCUCCUCUUCCUCAUCAUACUUCUAUGUAUUUGGUUGCUCCGUCCUUUGUUCUCCUCCUACAUCUCCCGCGUGACUGUCACAAAGACCCAGUCACAGACAAAACCCAUGAAUCAACCCGUUACCCCUGCCAUUCCUCCUCCUCAACCCACAAUCAUACCCACACCUGUGGUGGAUCCAGCUGUUGUGUCUGCUGCUAUAGAAGCAAAGAUGAAGCAUUUUCUGGUGGAGCUUCAAAUAAAGCAGGAACACCUUCUUUCACAGAUGAAAGAGAGCCAACAGCUGGACAUGCAGGUUAUGAAAGUGAAGCUUGAGGCAGUGGACUCAGAUGUUCGGCACCAUCUGGACCAGCAAGUUGCUGGGCUGGCCAGGCAGAUAGCAGAUUACCAGACAGAUAGCCGCUCUGUUGCUGCCAGUCUCAGCCUCAAGAUCCAAACUUUGGAGGCCCAGAAUGCAGAGUUGUCCCAGAUGUUGUCAUCCAUCCAGUCAAUGCCUCCUCUAACACCCUGUCCUGACACCAGUACCGGUCCAGUCCAGAACCAUCUCACCCCGGAGCUCCAGCAGGCCCUGGAGAAGUGGCUCACUGACCGCGUUAAAGAGAUGGAUGCCAUCAGGCUUGCUGACAAAGGAAGCUGCACAGAGUGCAGACGUCCCAUGGCGGACAAAAUGGCCGACUAUGCCCUGGAAACUCAAGGUGCCAGUGUGAUCAGCACCAGGUGUUCAGAGACGUAUCGUUUUCGUUCUGCAUGUGUGACCCUGUUUGGUUUCCCUCUCUGGUAUCCAUAUGAAAGCCCACGAACUGUCAUUCAGGGUUACCCGGUGCUACUGCCAGGUAAAUGUUGGGCAUUUCAUGGUGUCCAAGGAACUCUUGUCAUCUCUCUCUCACACCCUAUCAAGAUAACUCAUGUGACCCUGGACCACCUCCCACGCUAUAACUCCCCUACAGGACGCAUCGAUUCAGCGCCCAAAGAUUUUGAAGUCUAUGGAAUGAAAAAUGACACAGAUGAAGGUAUGCUGCUUGGGACGUUCACGUACGACGAGAAUGGAGAAUCAACGCAGACAUUUAAGCUCCCUGACCCGAGUGAUGUGGUUUAUCAGCUAGUGGAGCUGCGAGUUCUCUCUAACUGGGGCCACAUCGAAUAUACCUGUCUUUAUCGCUUCCGUGUUCACGGCAAGAUGUUUUCCACAUGAGACAUCAGAAAGAACAAACAGUGUGUUUCAAAAGUAUAAAACUUUAAUUUUAUGCUCUGAUGGGUUCAAGACCAAAUGCUACUGAAAUAUGUUGACUCAUGUCUUUCCUGGGAGACUGCUGUAUGUCUGUCAAUGAGUGUUGCUGAAUUUUUUGAAGGAUUUUGUGAUUGCAUUCUAAUUUUAUAAGAGCUUGUUUUGUGUGAGUAGAAGAUGGAUGGAUGGAUGUUUGGUGCAGUGCACAUUGUCUGGCUAAAAGACAAAAAUCUACCUAAGAAAACCAUUUGGAAGUCUGAGGUUCUGGCAACUUUAUGCUUUCAAUCAUCUAAGCGUGCCACUAGAUAAUUAUUUUAUCACUAUUGUAUUUAUGUGGAUUUGUUUUUGCAUCAUAGUCAUACAGCGCACAAUCCCAGCUGAGAGCCUUUUCAGAGGCACCCUGACAAAUUAGAGGAAGGAAGAAGUUUCUUUAUUUCACACGCCCUUAUUUCUACAGAGGUUUCUGGGAUGUAAAACAUAUUGUUGCAGCAUCCCUCAGGGCUUCCUACCACAUUAUGACAAGUAAUCUUGUAACAUAAAAAGCUUGUUUUGAAUUCAUCCCAUCCAUUUUUGUAUACGUAACAUGAAAUAAUAUAUUCAUUUUCACAAUUUAAAGGUCCAGUUUGUUAUUUACCUCAUGUUUGAAGUGUUUUUAACAGGACAUUUGGAUUUUUGCGUGUCUAAUGGGAUGCAACACCCUCUGAGCAACAAGUAGAAAUUCCCUAGAAGGCAGCAUGAAUGAUCAGUAUUGUUUGUUAUCCUCAGUUAAAAUGUAAUUUAAUAAUGGUAUGAUAGGUCAAAAAUGCAGCUUUUUAAAACGCUCAAACACUUCAGUGUUGGUUUUAUUCUGAUCCUUGAAUACUUGAAGUUAUUGCUAACCUGUCUGUCAUGCUGAACCCAUUAAGGCUGUUUCUGCUUUCGUGUAUGAGACUUAUAUUUCGUAUAACCUACUCAGCCUGAGGGAGAAGUUUAUAUUUAUUAGCAAAACAAGAAUAUCAGUUACAAAUUAAUAAUGUGUGUUUUGGAGAAUCAGACUUGCAACAGCUGUUUGAUUUAAAAUGUUUUUUUUUUCUUUUAAAGAUCAAAUUUUGCCUUUCAACAGGUCGGCAGUUCUUUUUCCAAUUUGCUUGUACAGUUUUACAGCAUGUUUAGACGGAAGAUAGAGGGGGACGUGUAUUAUUUUUACUCUGAGUUGCACUAGAGACUAUGUCAGAUCAUUUCUUGCUAAUUGUCUGUCAGACACUUCAGAUUUGGAUCGUGACAAAGUUGAUUACAACCGAAGCGAUUUACAGAGCUUUUACAAGGCCGCUGAUCUGUUCAUGUGGGUUCUCUUUUCUUUUUUCCUGUUAGAUUUCAGCAAGUCGUUAAGCUUAAAUUGAAUGUUUUUCAAUUUAGAAAAAAAUGACAUAUCAUUGACAUGCAUUCUGAAGAAUAAUUGCACAAAUGAAAGUAAAUUUAGGAAAAAUGUGUUUUCAUUAUGUCUUAUUAGAUUACAUACAUUAUUCAGAAUGUAACCAGUUUUACACAUUCCUGAAAAUGUCCUUGUGCAUCUAUUUCUUUAUUUAAACUGGAAAUGACUGUACUAAAACCAGCCUUUUACUUUAAUGUGUUUUAGUUUUUCUUGUAUGCAUUAGUAUAAAUAUGAUUGUACUAUAGAUUGUGGUACCACAUGUUACAAAAUGUACAUUUUGAGAUGGUAGUCUUGGUCUGGUAGAUUUGGAAGUGCAUUUUUAUACUCAAAACAUAUUUCAUGUGUCAGCUUUUGUUGUUCAGAAGCCUCUUCAGUGAUUCCUCCUAAUUUAUUUGCUUCAGCAAAUGAGAAACUAUUAUGAAGAUCAGUGCUUGAGAUCAGAGAAAAUCAAGUCCACUCCUCCAUCCAUAAAUUGUACUUUUCCAUGUUACAGUAAAAUGCCGAAAGAUCAAUUGUAAGCCUAAAUGUUUGCUAUGUUUAAUAAAACAUUGAAAUUUG